AUGGCUGAAUCUGAGACGCCAAGACAUGAUGAUCAUGUUUCGCAGUCAGAAGCGAAGCCAGCAGCAUCGGAAGGAUAUCGGCAUGAUGCGCAUGUAACGACGACGACAAAUUCGUCGUCGAGCACGGGUGCAAACGCCGGCGAGGGUGCCUAUGGCAGUGGUGGUCCAUCGGCGAGUGCGACUACGACCCAUCACCAUCACAAGCCGCGGUUUUCAGCAUUGAACAUUAACCAGCGAUUUUUGCAGAGUGCAACUGCCGCGACAGCACCGAAGCCAGCGCUAGCGAGUGCACCCCCCCCACCGGCAGAUGAGUCACGGACAGGACCCAGUCCGCGUCUUGUUACGGCGAUGCCGGGCCGGAUGUCGGCAGCGCAAUAUCAUCAUCAUCAUCAUCAUCACCCAGUCACGGAUGCAUCACGACACAAGGAGGCUCCCCGCGAUGCGCCAGCCGCGCCACGCAUGCCAUGGGCGAAUGUGAACAAGCGUGCGCCUAUGAUGCCGACCGUGUCAUCACAGGACUUUCCCACUGCAAAGGAGGUGAUGGAGGCGGAGCGCAAGGCAGAAGAACGAGCAGCCGCUCACGCAGCGGAAGAACAUGCGCGGCAGCAAGCCAUGAAAGAAGAGCUGGAGCGCUUCCGCGGCACGGAGCUUAUGUCGCAUGAUCAUUGGGACGAGUUGGAGGAGGAAAGUGAGGAUGAGAUGGAUGAUGUCGUCGAGUUUGGCGAUGGCACACAGUACAAGAUUUCUGAGGUUGAAGAAGAACAAGCCAAACACGCACCGCCUGUGCAAGAGCCUUCGCCGCCGCCUGCUCCUCGCGUGCCUGCCUGGGGCCCAACACACCGACCUGCGUCACUGCUUCGGCGUCCUGAGCCACCAGCCUCAAGUGUCACCGCACAUGCUUCGUCUCAGCCUUUGCCUCAUUCACAUCCACGCGCGCCAUUACACGCGCAUCAUCACCUGCAUGCACAGCCUCAUCACCCGCCAUCGACGGUGGCGGCGCCGCCACCACCACCGCCUGUCUCAACCUGGGGCCCACUGGCUCAGCGACACUCGACACUCACAGGCAAACCAAUGCCAAAGCUCGAGCCAACACCACCUCCACCACCCAAAGAAGAUCCUAAGGCCAUCGAGGCCGAGCAGCAAAAUGAGAUGCUGACGGCCGCUGAACGUGCACGCAGACGGCGUGAAGAAGACGAGCGGGCGCGCGAGGCUGAGCGGGAGCGUGCACGGCACAAGGCAGCUCAAAUCGAAGAACAGAUGCUUGCUGCUGAGCGUGCCAAGGAGGAGGAGCGCGAACAAGAACGCCGGCGUGAGCAACAGGCACGUGAAGAACAGACACGUCUGCGUAUGGAGCGCGAGCAAAAAGCAAAACAAGAGGCAGAACGCUCCGAAGCGUCCGAGACUGGUACGUGGCGUCGAACGACGCCCCUACCGAAGAGCUUGUGCACGCCACCUGCACUGGCUCACGACGCGCCAACGGCAACGGUUACAGCAACAGAAGCAGGUGAAGGAGGCAAGCGCACGGUUGCGACUAAACAUGCAACAGCCCACAAACACAGUCCAGCUGCUGGAUCACCGCGCACUCGUGAAGGGCGGGAGCUGUGGCAUCAGCCUCCAGAGGCACACUCGCAUCCUGAGACGCCUCCACCACCUGAGCCAGUCACGACCCGAGCUGAGCUGUUGUUCGAUGAUGCGCCGGUCUGGCACAAAUUCCCUGUGCGCUGUCCUUCAAGGCCCCACAAGUCGCGACCGCCGUCAGCGGCUGCAAAGCAGAGACGCAUGCCGAAUGACUCAUACGCGCUGAUUCAAUGUAUCGAGCCACCUGCUGACGUUCUAGCAGGCACUUAUACCUGCUGGACCUCCGUUGAUACGCUCUUUGAGCCUGUAACAAAAACAAGGGCAUCGAGAGGCAAGCCACAUGUGCAUUUGCGUAGACCGCCCGCACCACCAGCAUCUACAUCGUUUUUCAGCUCCGAACGUCAGACAUUUCCAGCCGUUCAUCCGAUAGAUGAGACGGCUUUUUUUCAAAAGCACAUGCGUGCAAUCGACUCGCUUCCAGUCGAUGAGCUUUUUGCACAAGAGAAUGACUGCUUAAAAGAUGCACAGCAUGAGCCGAGGUGUCAUGAGCCUGCAUCGCUAUUGCCACGUUGUUCGUGCAAGCUUCGUGUGAAUCUGCCAAAGGCACGCUCAUGGCAUGCAUCCACAUCUACAUUAACUCCAUUACCUUCUUCGUCGUCCGCUUCUGCCGUGCCAAUGCUAGGCCUUACAUAUGGUGGCAGACUCCUUGGACAAGAUACAUUCUCACCCCAUUUCUCGACAGACCGACUCGACAUUCAUGCACCCGGCACUUGGGGCACAUCGUCGCUAUCGUUUCCAAUCGUUGGAAGCACGGCGCACGAAUCGACUUGGCACCAUCCGCUCAAACGCAUGUGGUCGCAAGCAUCACCAGCUUCGAUGCCAGUUCGCGGCACGAAAAACUCUCUUCGUGACAUUGCCGAUGACCCAGUGCCGAUGCCUUUGAGCUCGCAUCUUGCCGAUUGGGAUGACCAUGCUGAAGGCACCAUUGCUGCUAGCGCUAGUUCUUGGGCACCGACAUACCGGCCCUCGUACCUGGUGGCACCGCCAUCGAGUCUCACAGCCAUGGCAACAUCGUCGCCACCGUCACAUCCACUGCCACUGCCACAUACGCAAGCGCGUCCGCAACCGCAACCACAGCCGCAGACGCUGUCACUAGCGACCGAUUCAGACCCUGGUGGUCUUCUUCCUGGCGACUACACGGACUUUGUGCUAUCUGAUACAUGGUAA